AUGGCGUACCUGCAAUCAUCACCAGUGACCGUGGAGGUUGCUUUCAAAGUGUUCUAUGGCAAGAAGCAAUGCAAUUUCUCGGUUCUCAACACAUUUCAAACUACUAGCUAUCACCCAGCCUCAAACGCAGCUGUUGAAAGACAAAUACGACAAUUAAAAGCAUCUCUGAUGACUCACUGCCGGAAUACUGCAGAUUGGUAUCAAAACUUGGGUUUAGUUCUACUUGGCAUGCGAACUGCCAUUAAACAGGACUUAGGAUACAGUAGCGCCGAACUACUUUAUGGAACACCAUUGAAAUUGCCUGGAGAAUUUUUCUCGACCAACCAACCGGGUAUCAACACUAACCCUCAGGCGUUUAUGAAACGCUUGAGCAAUUUCAUCAAUAAGUUGAAACCAAUCCAACCGAGAACACCUCUAAAUAGAAAGACAUUCUUAUCACCAGAAUUGAAUACUUGCAGUCACAUCUUUCUACGUGUUGACGCAGUUAGAAGACCACUGGUACCACCUUAUCAAGGACCUUUUCGUGUUAUACAAAAAUACGACAAGUUUUUUAAGAUUGAUUUUAAAGGCAAACCUACCACUGUUUCUAUUGAUAGAGUUAAGCCGGCUCAUGAAGAAAUUUUCACUCCCGAUACUCAGGACAUUUCUAAUUCAAAUACCCCAACUACUGAAUCUGACGUACUAAUACACAGAUAUAACGUACCAAUAUCAACCGAUAUUGACGACUCUUUACUUAUUACGCAGAACGAGGAAACUAAUAGCAAUCAACAAGGUUCAGGAUCAAUACAAUCAAGGACUCGACACGGAAGGACAACUAGACCGCCACAGAGAGACGAUUAUGUUUACUAUUAAGUACCUCGCAAUCUUUGAAUUUCAUGAAAACAGCACGUCAUUUCCGCCUUCUCAGCCCAAAUUGCAUCCUUAGAAUUCUCCGAACUCCUGCGGGGGAGUUAUGUAGCCAAUUAGUUGUUAUGUAACUACAAAACUACACCAAAUUGGCCCAAUUCGUGAGAAACUCAUGAAAACCAAAAUUAAUUAUUCCCGUUAUAGCAAUUAUCAAUUUCUCAAAAUCCAAUUUCAAGAUUUAAUAGCCUUUCGGUGCCAUCCCAUGUAAAAAUAAAAUUUAUUUCCAGUAAUAUUCCAAUAACGUAAAUUCGAAAUAUCUUGUUAAAACCAAAUUAUCCACUUGAGAACAAUUUUUUACAUCUCAUAAUUGGAGUAAGUACGUGACCAGGAACACGGUGACUUGGCAAUAACAAGUUAAUUGCUAGUAAUGAACUUCAAGAAAACACUUUUAAUAAUGUUUGAUUAUAGUGAACCGAAAGCUAACCAGAAACCGGAAUGACGCGUGAUUCUUUAAUCGUUAAUGUAAAAAUCUGUUUCUUUAUUCUAUUUUAAUUGCUUGGUAGAAAGCUAUAUAUUCAGCAAUGUGUUUUGUGUUAAUCAGACUAGAUUUGAUCAAAUUGUGUGUACAUUGUAUUUCUGUAUAUAUUGUCGGAAUUGCAAUAAACUCAUAAGGUGUUUUCAAA